AUGGAGUUUGACUCGUACCAACACUACUUCUACGACCACGACGCCCAGGAGGAUUUCCACCGCUCCACGGCACCCAGCGAGGACAUCUGGAAGAAGUUCGAGCUGGUCCCCACGCCCCCCCUCUCCCCCCUGGGUACCCCCGGGGAGAAAGGCUGCUGCUCGGGGGCGGAGGAGCGCUCCGGCUGCCUCUCCCGCUACUGCCUGCCCGGGGAAGAGCCGGAGUAUCUCAUCGGCACCGGGGAGAUUUUCGGGAACCUGAGCGCUUUCAUCCUCAAGGAUUGCAUGUGGAGCGGGUUUUCAGCCCGGGAGAGACUGGAGAAGGCGAUGACAGAGAAACUUUCCACGGGCACGCAGAGGGCCACCCCCCACAAACCCUCCUUCGCCCAGGAUUUCGGGUUCAGCAGCUCGGUGAGCGAGUGCGUGGAUCCCGCCGCCGUCUUCCUUUGCCCGCUGGCCGAGAGCAAGGUCCCCGCAUCCUCGGGAUCCGAGGGCCAAAGCGAUUCUGAAGGUGAGGAGAUUGAUGUGGUGACGGUGGAGAAGAGACAAUCGCUCAGCCUGAGGAAGCCGGUCACCAUCACGCUGCGUGCCGACCCCUUGGACCCCUGUAUGAAACGCUUCCACAUCUCCGUCCACCAGCAGCAGCACAACUACGCCGCCCGCUCGCCGCCGGAUGCCUGUCCCCCACCGGAGCCACCCCAGCAGGACGAGGACGAGCCACCGAGUGCUGCGGAGCCAGCCCCUGCCAUCACGCUGCCCGAGCCCGGCUUGCCAAAAGCCGGCAGCAGCCCCGGCUCUGACAGCGAGGACGUGGCCAAGAGGAAAAACCACAAUUACCUGGAGCGCAAACGGCGCAACGACCUGCGCUCGCGCUUCCUGGCCCUGCGGGACCAGGUGCCCGGGCUCGCCAGCUGCCCCAAGACGCCCAAAGUGGUGAUCCUGAGCAAAUCCUCCGAGUACCUGCAGUCGCUUAUCAGUGCUGAGAGGAGGAUGGCGGCUGAGAAGCGGCAGCUGCGGCUGCGGCAGACCCAGCUGCUCAAACGGAUUGCUCACCUCAAGGGGCACUAG